AUGGACUCGUGCUCUAGAAUCACCACAAGUGGUGCGAGUCAUCGCAUGAACAGACCAAAUUGUCCCUGCGAAGACUGCCAAAUCCAGUUCGAAUAUGAGACCCAGACUCUUACGCCAGUGUCGGAGUUCACCCGCACGCUCAAUGACGACGAAGUUCGCUCUCUGCUGUCCGGUUUCAUCAACGACGCCAUUAUUGCCAGAGCCUCCUUAAAGAAUACGCUGGAGAAUCAUGGGGACACUAUCAUAUCGCGGUGGAAGAAGAUGAGCCAAGUCAAGCGCCGGGCAGUUCUCGAACAAAUCCAGCCCCCCAUUGCAAACGAGACAGCAGUGGACAUGCAAUGCCUGUAUAAUUCGUCCGUCACUCACUUGGGCAACAGAGAUAGCGUCAUGCGGAAGCAGUUUUUAUUGCCGUGGUUAAGUAUUAACCGGCUUACGUCCAGCGUAUCCGCAUUGUUUGCCUUGCUACACGUUCGAACCGAGUACCAUCCGCACGAGUGGGCAUCUUUUGACACGGAUCAGCUAAGUCAGCCCUGGAAACAUGAAUACCUCAAACUCGAAAACUCAGACAAAUCUAUAUCCAUGGAGGAAGCAUGUUAUGGGUCAAUUGUGCAGCGUGACCAUGAUGCCGUCUCCCGCAACAUUCUCGACUUUCCUCAAGCAUCUUCGGUCCUGGAGGCGCAGGCACAUUUGAUGAGUUUACUUUGCAAAAUUGUUGGCGGCAUACUCCAUGGCGCCGAUACUUCAAUUAUCCAUGGUUGCAGUAGAUGGAAUUCCCAGAUCGCUUCUGGAUGCAAACAUGUUGGGAAGGUUGAAAAUUGGUCAACCUAUAUUAACCAACCAUUUUCAAAGCCAGUAGGCGAAGGUCUAGAUUACAUCAUUUCUUUGGUGAGAUCUCGAAGAGAGGAGGCUGAAGACCACUUUUACAGCCUCCAGACGAAGCCGGCAUAUUUUCGACAGCACAUCAAAAAUACUUGCAACAAUAUGGGCUCCCAAACGAUCGCAGAUGCCGAAGCUAGGCUGGGUGAUGUCUUGUUUUCUGAAUGUCAGAUUUUUUUCCGCCUUCAAGAGUGCGAGCAAAAAUGCAUCGAGUUAAAGAAUCUCCUUGAUAAUGAAGAGCUUCUUCCAGAGGAUGGGGACCGUCUACGCAAAGCUCAGUUGCGAGCACUCGUCCGCUUGGAGACGGAUAUUUGGGAUAUGGCUUGCUACCAUGCUUCAAUUCUCCACCUCUACAUGACAAGAUCUGCGGAAUUCAAGCACCUUUUUCAUGACAAAAAAGUUCUUUCAUUCCCACAGUGUUUGCAAAUAUAUGCAGCCAGAUGCCGUAUAAGUCGGAUAUAUCAGAGAGAUCCGUUGGCAUGCUACCUUGUCCACCUUGGGAGACUGGAGGUUAAACAGUGCCGGCAAUUUGGGGCUGCAGAUCUUGUUGCAGCCUUGGAACGCCAUCUUCAAAGCAAUCCUGGGGAGCUGAAAAGAGUGAGUGUUGAUAUGAUGCGUAGCAUCAGCACCAUAGCCGCCGUAAGCGAAGCUAGACAUCACUUGAGACUGUUUAGGCACAGCUCGUCUUGGAGUUGGAUGACGGAAAGGUACAAAGACGAAAUGAAAGCCCAUCGGCAAUGCACGGCCUGCGUGGAAUGCGGACGGGGGAACAUAAAAGAACAACCGAAACUAAAACGAGAACGAAGGCCACUAGGAUUUGAAGAGGCCGGACAGCUACUGUUGCGUGACUUUUACAAUAGGCCAGCGCCAAGUGGCCCGAAGAACAUGGCUCGACUCCAGGAAUCUAGGUAUCAACGACACAGUAUAGAAUUGUUUUGGGAAAACAUCCGUAACGGACUGAGACGCGGUAGCGAGGAACGGGCUAUGCGGCACGAGACAAUCCGCAGAACUAUCGCUGCCCUGUCAGUGCAUCUCACUGCUGAGUACGCAGAGGUCAUACAAAUCGAAGAGGCGUCCUUCACAGAAACAGCCGAGACAAAGCCCGAACCAAGCCCUUUCGUGCAUUUUGGCAGUUCCAGCUCCAACAGUUGCAAACCAGUCAUUGAAGUGGCGACUGCUUCGGACAAAAUCAAGACCAGGAGCACUGAACGAGCUGGGUCGGAAUCUGCCACGGAAGAUAACAGCAUCACAGAGAAGCCGAUUGUCAAAAAGAGAGCAGUUCCAAAACAUUAUCUUGAGAUAUUCCAUCUUAUGUUCCCCAUGUCAUCUGAAGAAAGAUGUAGAACGAUCAAGUGGGAUGAGUUCGUGCAUUCCAUGAACCACGCCGGCUUUAUAGUAAGCAGCUGCGGCGGUUCGGCAGUCCGGUUCGAAUUGCAUGACUCACCAGACGACCAAGGCACCACGAUCAGCAAAACCAUUAUAUUCCACCGCCCUCACCCAGUUCCAAAGAUUGAUCCUAUUAUGCUACGUUCCGAGAUUGGCCGCCGGUUGACCCGGCGAUUUGGGUGGACGAGAGAGCAUUUUGUCCUGGCUGGUGUAGACCAAACUCCAGGAGGGACGACAAAAACUACGGGAGAAGAGAUUUAG